CGGACCUGAAGAAGGUUUGGUUUCAAAGGUUCUAAAGUGUGUAGCGAGGUCUGGCUUUCGGGGUGUUAGGCUCCAGGGACCUCCUGCGGAGCUCUCACCCUAGCUCUGCCGCCACUGCCGCCUCCUCGGCCCCGGACAGCCGAGGGUUAACAAGAAAGCCCCACGCCCCCUUUGACGGCUUAGAGCCCACCUCGCCGAAUUUGAAAAGGCGGCCCCGGAGAGGCGUGGGCGCCCCCCACACACUUCCAGCUCGCAGCCGGGCUCCGAUCUCUCGCCCCGCUCCUCUCGCUCUGCUCCCGGCCGGGGCCGCGGGUUCGGUCCGGGCGCCGGUGCGCUCCUGCCGGUCCUCGUGCCCGGGACUCCGGGUCCCCGCGGGCUGCUGCGCACGAUGAAGCUGGCCCUGCUUCUGCCCUGGGCGUGUUGCUGCCUCUGCGGGUCGGCGCUGGCCACCGGCUUCCUCUAUCCCUUCUCGGCCGCAGCCCUGCAGCAGCACGGCUACCCCGACCCCGGCGCCGGCUCCCCUGGCAGCGGCUACGCGAGCCGCCGUUACAGGACUCUGAUCAGACCCACCUACAGAGUGUCUUACCGCACGGUGACGGCGCUGGAGUGGAGAUGCUGCCCUGGCUUCACCGGGAGCAACUGUGAUGAGGAAUGCAUGAACUGCACCCGGCUCAGUGACAUGAGUGAGCGACUGACCACACUGGAGGCCAAGGUCCUCCUGCUAGAAGCAGCAGAACGGCCCUCCAGCCCGGACAACGACCUGCCGGCCCCCGAGAGCACUCCGCCGACCUGGAAUGAGGACUUCCUCCCUGAUGCCAUCCCUCUUGCUCACCCUGUGCCACGACAGAGAAGGCCCACGGGCCCAGCCGGGCCCCCGGGGCAGACAGGACCACCAGGGCCUGCAGGCCCCCCCGGGUCUAAAGGAGACCGAGGCCAGACAGGAGAGAAGGGUCCAGCGGGGCCCCCUGGGCUCCUGGGGCCUCCAGGGCCCCGUGGGCUUCCUGGAGAGAUGGGGCGCCCCGGCCCCCCGGGACCACCCGGCCCAGCAGGCAACCCAGGCCCCUCACCAAACAGCCCCCAGGGUGCCCUCUACUCCCUGCAGCCGCCUACAGAAAAAGACAAUGGAGACUCAAGGCUGGCCUCUGCCAUCGUGGACACAGUGCUGGCAGGCGUCCCAGGACCCCGGGGUCCCCCUGGUCCACCAGGUCCCCCUGGGCCUCGAGGUCCCCCAGGACCCCCAGGAACACCUGGAUCCCAGGGCCUGGCUGGAGAGCGAGGCACGGUGGGGCCGUCCGGUGAACCUGACGUGAAGGGGGAAGAAGGAGAGAAAGCCGCCGCUGCAGAGGGCGAGGGGGUACAGCAGCUGAGAGAGGCCCUGAAGAUCCUGGCAGAGCGAGUCCUCAUCCUGGAGCACAUGAUUGGGAUCCACGAUCCCCUGGCCUCCCCGGAGGGAGGUUCUGGCCAGGAUGCUGCCCUGAGAGCCAACCUCAAGAUGAAGAGGGGUGGCCCCCAACCCGAUGGGGUCCUUGGUGCCCUGCUUGGGCCCGACCCUGGACAGAAGAGCGUGGACCAGGCCAGCAGCAGGAAGUGAGAGCCCACUGCUCCAGGACACCCUGUCCUGGUUAGAGACCCAGCCCCAGAGGCCUGAGCUGCCGCUGGUUCCUAAAGAUGCCCCCAGGGGAACUGGGCUCCAGGCAUGGAUGAUUGUGAGGACAUGGGGGGCUUUGAGGACAGAUAAUGUCUCCAGGGGCAGGGUCUGGAGGGGCCAACACCCUCAUCAGAGCCCUUCUCUGGCCUGUCCCCUCCCCCACCCCCACUCCCGGCUGGAGACGGGGUCUGGGUGGGCUGGGUGCUGGGAAUGAGAAUAAUCCUAAUACCCAUCAUUUAUUGAGUCCCUGCUGUAACUGGCCCUGUCCAGGAAACUUUCGUUACGUUGUCUCAUUAUUUAACCCUUAGGAGGUAAGCUUAUUAUCCCCACUUUGCAAGGGGACCGAGGCUCGGACGGUAGAAAUAACCCUCCCUUGGCCACCGGAUCACGGGUGGCAGGGGCGGGAUUUGAAUCUAGGCCCCUCAGUUCCUGAAGCCAUGUUCUCUCGACCCUGCCAGCUUCCCCUCUUCAUGAGAAAACUCAGACAGGGAGGGCGCAGGGCCAGACGGUUCCUUAAGGCAGGCAGGGCUGUGGGGAGGCUGGGCCAGCCAGCCUGAGGGGAUAGGCAGGGUCCUGCAGGGCCUGGGGCUUCCCUUCCUCAACCCGCUUCCCCACUGGCUGGGGGAGCGGCCUGGCCUGCAGCUCUCAGAGGCCAGGGAGACCCUGAAUAAAUCACUGCCAGCCACGUGGACUUGAGGACCUUGAGAGAGCAGCACUGGGGGUGCAAGGGCCCCUAAAACCAGAUUGGCAUCCCCGGCCACUGCCUCCCAGUCUCGCUGAGCCCACCCGCCCUCUCUGGGUCCGUCCCAUCCCUGAGCCAGGGGAGGCACCAUUUCACGGGCAUGUCUAUCAGAGGUGGGACCUGCAGCCUCUGCCCCACGAGUUUGUCUCUCAGGGGACUCUGUAGGUUUGCUACUUUUGCAUGACAUAGCAAGUCCAAUGUCCCCUUUGCAAACUGCAGAAAGGGAAACAGAGUCCCAGGCCUGCUGGGAAGAGAUGCUCCUGCCUCCCACCUUCCAGAGUUGGGGGCCUGGCAGGCUCCACGGCAGGCACCAUGUCCCUAGCAGCCCAGAACAGCUCUGAUUGGAGCCCUCAAGGCCUCUGGAGCCACGGUCUCCAUGAUCAGCUCAGCCCUGGUGCUCUUCUCUUGCUGGGCUGGGACCUGGGACACAGCCACGGCAGCAAACUCAGAGAAUUGAAGGUGCUGGUGCCACCCUGGGGCACUCUGUCUUCACAGCAGGAGUGACUGUCUCCAGUGCUCUUGGUACUCCUGUUCAGCUGUGGCCUGGUCCCUCUGGGCCCUGGGAUCUUCUUCUGGCCCUUGAGGCAGAUCUGGAGAGGCAGUCUCUGUCUUCAUGGAGGGGUGGUCAGAGGCCGGCGGCACCACCAGCCUGUAGCGUUAUUAUUGUAUCUGACAAUAAAGGUGCUCUCCCCACUGUGGGUCUGUUUGUGUGGUGACAGCUCUGCAGGAGGCUGGUCUGCAUCUCACCAGCCAGGUGCCAGGGAAGCUGUGAGCAGCUCCAGCCAGGCCCGGGGUGACCACAGAGCCUCUGUGGCAGGGAGGUCCAGCUCUGCCCUCUGGAUCUCCAGUGAGGGGGCUGGGAGUGACACACGAUAGGCAAGCCUGAGAUUGGGGCUUAGCCUGCAAGGGCUCUUGGCUUUGCCCAGGAAAGAAUUCAAGGGCAAGCUGGAGGCAGGAGAAACAGCUUUAUUGGAGGGGCAGGGCUACAGCUCCAUGACUGCUCGUGCAGAGCAGGGCUUCUUCCUAGGCAGAGAAUAGCAGCUCAGGGCAGUUCUGCACCAUAUUUAUACCCACUUUUAAUUGCAUGCAGAUUAAGGGCUGGUUUAUGCAGAAAUUUCUAGGGAAAGAGUGGUUAUUUCUGGGUCAUCAGGUUUUUGCCAUGGAAAAGGGCAGUAGCUCCUGAGUGUUGCCGUGGUGAUGGUAAACUGACAUGGCACACUGGUGGGCGUGUCCAAUGGAAAGAUGCUUCCGCUCUGUCCCUGUUUUAGCUAGUCCUCAAUUUGGUCCUGUAUCUGAGCCCUACCUCCAGAGUCAAGAUCUGUUUCUUACCUCCAGAGGGUGAGGGAAGCCCCUUCAGAGGUCACCUCACCCCUCCACCUAACCACACUGUCUGUAAACCGGGCCUGGCCCCCAGCUCUGCAAGAAGGUGAGUUAAGUUGGGCGGCCUCAGGGCUCUGGGCGGAGCAACCCUGAUCCUGCUGCAUGCUCCUGUGCAGAUCUGGGGUCAGUGACAUAUCAGAGACCCCAGGGAGGCCCAUAUACCCUGAUGACAAGUCCCAGGUACAACACAGAGACCCAAACCACUGCUGAAUCACCCUGUGACCUUUGUAGAUAUUAAGCUCCUGCCCUGUGUAUUAGUCUGUUCUCACUCUGCCAAUAAAGAUAC